GCUCGCUCACACGCUCUCCUUCCUCCAGCAAGAUGGCUGCUCCGAGCUCGGCUCCCCCGCCUGCCCUCUCCCAGGGCGCCGUGCACGGCCCGGUCGUCAAGGUUCACCCCGUGGUCCUGGCCUCCAUCGUGGACAGCUACGAGAGGCGGAAUGAGGGCGCCGCCAGGGUCAUCGGGACUCUGCUGGGUGAGUAACCGGCUAUCGGUACCGGGCCACUCCGCAUCCCGGCAUGCCCUGUACUACAUCUCCCAGCAUGCCCUGUACUACAUCUCCCAGCAUGCCCUGUACUACAUCUCCCAGCAUGCCCUGUACUACAUCUCCCAGCAUGCCGCGUACUACAUCUCCCAGCAUGCCCCGUACUACAUCUCCCAGCAUGCCCCGUACUACAUCUCCCCAGCAUGCCGCGUACUACAUCUCCCAGCAUGCCGCGUACUACAUCUCAGCAUGCCGCGUACACACAUCUCCCCAGCAUGCCGCGUACUACAUCUCCCAGCAUGCCGCGUACUACAUCUCCCAGCAUGCCGCGUACUACAUCUCCCAGCAUGCCCUGUACUACAUCUCCCAGCAUGCAGCAUUACUACAUCACCCUGCAUGCCCAACAUACCCAUCAUAAGACCAAACCACAACUAACAUGCCCAUCAAAGACCAAACCUGGCACUAACAUGCCCAUCAAAGACCAAACCUGGCUUCCCCAACAUGCCCAUCAUGAGCCAAACCUGGCACCCCCAACAUACCCCAUCAAGACCAAACAGCACCCCAACAUGCCAGCAUCAAAGACCAAACCUGGCACCCCCCAACAUGCCCAUCAUAGAUAAACCUGGCACCCCCAACAUGCCCAUCAAAGACCAAACCUGGCACCCCCAACAUGCCCAUCAUAGACCAAACCUGGCACCCCCAACAUGCCCAUCAAAGACCAAACCUGGCACCCCCAACAUACCCAUCAAAGACCAAACCUGGCACCCCCAACAUACCCAUCAAAGACCAAACCUGGCACCCCCAACAUACCCAUCAUAGACCAAACUCCAAGUAACCCAACAUUCCAUCACAAAGACCAAACCUGGUAACCUCCCAACAUGCCCAUCAUAGACCAAACCUGAGCACCCCCAACAUGCCCAUCAUAGACCAAACCUGGCACCCCCAACAUGCCCAUCAUAGACCAAACCUGGCACCCCCAACAUGCCCAUCAUAGACCAAACCUGGCACCCCCAACAUGCCCAUCAAAGACCAAACCUGGCGCCCCCAACAUGCCCAUCAGAGGCCAAACCUGGCGCCCCCAACAUGCCCAUCAGAGGCCAAACCUGGCGCCCCCAACAUGCCCAUCAGAGGCCAAACCUGGCGCCCCCAACAUGCCCAUCAAAGACCAAACCUGGCGCCCACCAAAGACCAAACCUGGCGCCCCCAGCAUGCCCACCAAAGACCAAACCUGGCGCCCCCAGCAUGCCCAUCAAAGACCAAACCUGGCACCCCCAACAUGCCUUUCAUAGGGACAUCCUCAGUCAGUGGGCAAGCCUGUCCCCCAUGCCACUUUCAUGCUGUACUGUGCGAUUAGUGUCAAAUUUGGGUGAGACGAUAGUUUGGUUACUUGUUCAGUAUGUUUUAUUGGAAUGCCCCCUUAGCAGAAAGCAAGUCUGGAUGAGACAGGAUGGUUUUAUAGCAGAGAAGCUUGGUUUCUUAUUCAGAGGUUCCCAUGAAAUGCUUUGGUGCCAGGUUUGUAGAAAGCAAACCAAAUGUAGGGCAGCCAGUUUAAUUUUAAUAGAGAAAAGGCUUGAUUAGUUAUUCAGAGUUUACCAUAGAAGUGCAUGGACGUUGCUCUUCCAGAUUUUAAGACCAAUUCACUUGUGAGAGAAGCUGAUCCUGAACAGUCUGUUUUUAGAGAUUUAGCUUUAUGACCCAUUUGCUUUAGGGUUAAGUGCAAAGAGUAAUUCUGGGAUAAGAUUCUAAAUGUGAAGCAGUGGCUGUGGACACCAGUAGGAUGUCCCUGCUAAUUGCUCCCUCUUUUACUUUUUAUGGACAGUCAUCAUUGUCUCAGCUACCCCUCAUAAAUAAGCAAACCGGCCCUAAUCUUAUCAAAACCACCAGGGAUGCUACAGCUAAGAAUGUGCUGUGUGCCAAGCCAUUCUCUUAAAGGGACACUAUAGUAACCAGAACCACUACAGCUUAGUGUGGUGCUUUUGGUGUCUAUAGUCUGUCCCUGAAUUUUUUUCAGUGUAAACGCCGCCUUUUCAGAGAAAAGGCAGUGUUUAUAUUGGUGCUUAGUAACCCAUCUAGUGACUGUCACUAGUCAUUAGAGGUGCUACCUAUGUUCAGUGUUUUCAACGCUCUGCAUGGAGACAUUGAAUGUUCCCCAUAGAGACGCAUUGAUUCAAUGCACAUCUGUGAGGAGAUGCUGGUUGGUGCAGCCAUGGAGGCUAAUUGGCGAGGAGUGGGAAAAAAUGACUACCUUUCCCAUGCAAUUGGAAGGGGGCCGGUUACCUAAAUAGACACACACUGAUACACAAAUUUUCUUAGUUACAAAUUAUUUUAUUGUUUAAUUUAGUCCACCCAGCCUCCCUACCUUUUUGGAGUGCUGUAAUGGAUACUUUGGGGUCCAGUGUAGCUGCUGUAAUCUUCAAACUCUUUUUAUUUGCUCUGCUUCCUUGCGCACUGGUGGAGGCCAGAGCUGAAGUGACGUUGUAUCCCAGCUCCUGAGCAGGAAGAACACCUAAAUUACAGCUAUAUCGCCGCUCUGCUUCAUUCCGCUGAACAGACUGACAAACAUCAAGGCGCCAGGGCAAUAUUCCUAGUUGCAUGGCCGACUGGCUCUUGGUAUUUGUUGAGCUCUGAAAGGUGAACUGUGAAAAAUGGUCAGCUUUCAUAGAAACUGCUCCACAUUUAGAAUGUUGCCAGGGAAAUGAUUUCUCGUUGUCACCUUGCAUAGAAUGUCUAAUGAAAAGGGACAUGUAUCUUGUUAAAUCAUGAUGUAUAUGUAUUUAUUUUAAGAACUACUAAUUGAAAUAAUAAAAUGUGCUGAAUAUGCGUAUGUAUUAUUUUUGCAGGUACUGUGGACAAGCACUCCAUAGAGGUGACCAACUGCUUCUCUGUCCCUCACAACGAGUCUGAGGACGAGGUAAUGUCCUGCUAUGUCUUUUUAAAAUGGGGUGGAACAAUCUAUCAUUUAAAGGCACACUCCGGUUGGCUUCUUUUUAUCAUAGAUAACUUGAUAAAAAGAUGUGCAGUGAAUUUAAAGACCUCAUUAUUUAUUUUGCUUCAACUUCUGUCAAUUUAAUUGGCUCCUAAAAAGAUCCAAUACAUGUUCUAAAACUCUUUUUAUUUACCUUUUAUUGCCCUGAGUGAAAGGCAGUAGUUCAAGCUGUUUCUCAACAAGAGGUUUUUUCCUUCUCUUAGCACUGAUAGAUGAAUUAGUACAUAGAUACCUCAGUCUCUGAGGUUUUCUGACCUAAUGUAACCAUGAUCAAUAAAUAUUUUGGAAGAUGAGCCCAGUAUCUUUUUACUACAAACUCCUCAAUAGCUUUAUGUUAAAUAGCCUCACUGAGUGAAUCCUUGGCAAAAUACAAACACUCCCCUAUUAUGUGUUUGCUAUUUUUAUUUUAAAUUGUAAUUCUCAAACAGGAGUACGGAAGUCACGCAUGUAACUCUGUUGAAUCUAGUAUCAGUCAUAAACAUUUUAAUACGAAAAAAUAUUUCCAACCGGCCUUGAAAUGUCACGUCUUAUUCUCAUAGUCAGGUUAUAAAGGUGACUCCCGACUACAAGCUUGGAGAGUGAAUGGCUAGUAAAAUUUUGAGUUCUGGUUCUAAAUCAGCGGAAAAUCGGGCAGGUCCAUACUGCAAAUAUUGUAGAGUGUAAAGUUAAUUUUUCUGUGUGUGUGUGACAGUAUUUUAGCUACAGUGACAUUUUGAUAUAUGCUGUAUAUUCUGUCUAUCCAUCAGGUGGCUGUUGACAUGGAAUUUGCCAAGAACAUGUACGAACUUCACAAGAAGGUUUCUUCCACGGAGCAGAUCUUGGGCUGGUAAUUAUUUUUAUUAUAUUUGUUGCAGUGACAUGUACUUCCUGGUAAAUGUGGUUUGUAGAAGAACUAUCUGCAUAUAAUCUAUGGAGAAAUGAUACAGGAGAGAGUCUUUCUGAUCAUAUAGCAAUCACUGGGCGGGGGCAUUUAGGGUGAUACUGACCACUUGAUGUCAUCUGGAUCUAUGGUUUCUGCUGUAACAUCAGAAAUCGUUGUGAUCGCUCCUCCUAUCAGGAUGCUCCCCUAGGUUUCUAUGGUAGGGAUGUUCAUACCCCACAAUGCUGUGCUCAAUUAUGGAUUCACAAAUGUACCUUCUUUCUGCUUCUUGUAUUUAUAUAUUUAUUCGGGAGUCUCCCAUAUAAAACAUUGGGUGAGUGUAUGUUUCCCAUAAACCCCUUCUCAAAACGUUUCUGGGAUUCCGAGGUCUGUGUUCAGUUUGUCAGGUGCUUGUGCACUUUCCUCUUUUUUAAUUUUAAUAUAUGUUGAUCUGCAAAAAUCAGGACCAUUUCCAGAUUUUUGCUAUAAUAUACUAUUUUUUUUUAUUUUUUUAUUCUUUCUCUACUCAAUGAACAGAUUUAUUUCUGUCUUGUAUUUACGGCAUUCUGCAUACACUGUUCUUUGUGUUAAUCCUUGGCAAAAAUUCCCACAAUGCAUUUCUCUGCAUGGCUGUUUUACUGUAAUUGGUUACCAUCCUUGUUCUUUCCAGGUACGCCACAGGAAAUGACAUCACAGAACAUUCCGUGCUGAUCCACGAGUAUUACAGCCGUGAAGCAAACAACCCCAUCCAUAUGACAGUGGACACAAGCUUACAGAACGGACGAAUGAGCAUUAAGGCCUAUAUCAGGUGAGCUGAAUUGAAUAACUUGAAAACAAAGACCAUUGAGUAAGACGCAGGUUUGUGUUUAUUUUCUGGGUUAAAGUUUUUGUGUAGACACGAGUAUCAUAACCAUAACAGCCGGCUGUAGUGGUCUUGAAGCCAGGAGUUGCCCUUACAUCACCCCACAGUAAAUAGUCAAACAGUCUUAAUACAGGUUUUCAUCUUAUCUGCAUCCUGCUGAGCGCUCUUGGCUGCAACUUUUGAUUCGGACUUUUCCUUUUUUUGAGGGAAGCACAGGAUUCUUGGUCUGUUCUCACUGGUUGAGAGCCUCAGCCAAUGAACACAGUCCAUAUUAGCUGUGCAGGAGCCCGGGGUACGCUGGUUAGUUCUUUGUUUUUAAAACUGUUUGACAAAUUUGUGCUGGGAUGAUGCCCAUGUGUUCCCGGCACCACAUCCAAUACAGCAGGGUGUAAUGGUUAUUGUGCUUGGUGAUCCUGUAAUUAAAACAGCUUAUUCAUUAGUGCCCCAUCUUCAAGUUCUGAGAUUUCUGCUUGUUUUCUAGCUAGAACAAUCGUCCUGAUGGGUAACGAGUAAAAAAUGAUUUAAGAUAAAGAAUGAAUGUACAUUUUUUUUCUUUUCUCCUGUGUAGCACACCAAUGGGUGUUCCUGGAAAAACAAUGGGAGUAAUGUUCACCCCACUUACCGUACAAUAUGUCUAUUACGACACAGAGCGAAUAGGAGGUAAGUCAUGUAUACCACACUUAACGUUUCCUUUGCUAUAAUGUUUGUGUGAGAUGUUUGCAGUAAAUUAAAAUAUUUGCUGUUUCUUUCUUUUUUAGUUGACCUGAUUACAAAAACUUGCUUCAAUCCCAACCGUUCCAUUGGGCUGACAUCUGACCUGCAGCAAGUGGGAUCAGCGGGCAAUCGCCUCCAGGAUUCCUUGUCUUCGGUGAUCCAGUAUGCAGAGGAUGUGCUGGUAAGUGUAUCUGUAGUGUCUUCCGUUCCAGUAACUCUGAGCCCUAUUGGUCGGCACUGAAUUAUAGUAAUGGUAGUACAGCUGCUUGACAUUGAUGGAUAAAUGUAUUACUCUGUAAUUUGUAGUCUGGAAAGGUUACUGCUGACAACAACGUUGGACGUUACUUGAUGGAUCUCGUAAACCAAGUACCUAAAAUAUCUCCAGAAGAUUUUGAAUCCAUGCUGAACAGCAAUAUUAAUGUAAGUAGAAUUUAUUUUGCUCCAUGUCUCCUAUACUCACAUGUUAAUCCUCUGGGCCUAUACACAGAAUGUUAUCUGUAUGUUGUAUAGAAGGAUUUUGUUUGUUUUUUCCACUCCAUAGCUCUACCUUUAAUUCUGUCGCAUCGUUCACUCUAUCAAAGCUUUGUCUUUUAAUAUAAUUGUGGUGCAGGGUUAAAGUACCACCGUGUGUGUGUUUGUAGAAUAUGUUGUACUUUAACACCUUAAGGACCAAACUUCUGGAAUAAAAGGGAAUCAUGACAUGUCACACAUGUCAUGUGUCCUUAAGGGGUUAAAGGGGCAGUUUAGUCUAUGUUAACAACUUUAGCUCAUUAAAGCAGUUUUUGUGUAUAGAUCAUGCCCUUGCCAUCUCCCUGUUCAAUUCUCUGCCAUUUAGGAGUUAAAUCUUGUUUUUGCAGCACUAGUCACACCUCCCUGCAUGUGACUUGCACAUCCUUCCUAAACACUUCCUGUAAAGUCAUCUAAUAUUUAAACUUUAUUGCAAAUUCUGUUUAAUUUUAGAAUUUAUCUCCUGCAAUGAUAAUGGCUUACUAGACUUUGCAGGAGAUUCCUGUAUGUAAUUUAAGGUUUAAUUUACAGAGCAGGAGUCCUAGCCAGCGGAGGUGUGGCUAGGGCUGAAUAAACCAAAACCAAAGUGACUUAACUCCUAAAUGGCAGAAAAUUAAGUAGUAAGAAUGCAGGGGCAAAAUCUAUACACCAAAACGGCUUCAUUAAACUAAAGUUGAAUUGGAGACUAUAACGCCUCUUUAAUGAGGGACACUUUGUAGAGAUUUUAUUUUUGUUAGCCAUUACACUGCAUUUGAAAUCUCUAACUACUAUGAUUCUUGGCAUAAUGAAUAGUAAGUUUGAAAUGUAUUUCUCCAUACUCUUUGGAUAGAUUAAACAAAGUUUAUGCUUAGUCUUAAUUGUUUAAAUAUCUCCUUUAACAUGUUUCAUUUUGUCUCCUAUUCAGGAUCUUCUGAUGGUCACCUAUCUGGCUAAUUUGACACAGGCACAGAUCGCCCUGAACGAGAAACUUCUCAAUUUAUAAUGGACUAAAUGAACAUAUUUUGCAGCUCUGAGGUUGCUGGUGGCAUAUUGGCCUGUAUUUAAAAGUCGACCCUCAUGGGUUCAUCUCUUUGUAUUAUGUUAACAAAUUUUCCAGAGUUUAUUUCCACCCUAAAUAAAACUUCACUUUGAAAGUAAUUUGUGUUAGAGAACUCUGUCAUGAAACUAUAAAUUAAUGGAAUCUUUUCUACUCUGGGACUACAUUGGUAAGUGCGGU